CCGAGAAGUUGUCGGACUCAGCAGUCAGCACCCGUCACGGUCUCUCCACAUGGAAGUUGGACAUUCGAAACGCUGUUUCAUGUGACGAUCGGGACGCUCAGACGAACGAAAGAACAGCACUGUGCGCUCAUUUGUCCUUUUUUUUCCUUUCUCCUUUGGCUGUUAUUAGUAUCUCACUACCCUCCAUGGACACCUAACGACGCCAACGAAAUGACCUCGCUAAUGGCCGGCCCCUCAACGCCGGGCCUGCACCUCGUCUACAUUCCCGCCGUUUGUCUUCUCAUCUUCUUCCAGGGCUACUACUCGCAAUAUCUCUUCAGCCACGACCCGGAACUCGCCCCGGGGCCCCUAACUCGCCGACAAACUGUCAGCUUCAACGUCCUCCUCGCCAUCCUCUGGUGGACCUACUACCUCGCCUGCACCGUCGAUCCAGGGCGGUACCUGAUCCCGCGCCGUCCUACCUCCUCCUCCUCCUCCACCACCUGUGACUCCAGCGCUGAAUUCGACCUCGACCCCAAAACCACACUGAAUCCGACCCGCCGCUGGUGCAAGAAAUGCCGCCGCCCAAAGCCCCUCCGCGCCCACCACUGCCGCCACUGCGGCCGCUGCAUCCCCAAGAUGGACCACCACUGCCCGUGGACAGGCAAUUGCGUGUCGAUGCAGACCUUCCCCUACUUCCUGCGCUUCCUGCUGUACACCAACAUGGCCUUGCUCUAUCUGGCCCGUCUGAUCUGGCAGCGUGCAGGCGCCAUCUGGGCGUCGCGCCACCUGCCCGCGUACCUGGGCCCGUCGGUGGGGAGCCUGAUCGGGCUGACGGUGCUGGCGCUCGUGAACGCGGGCACCGUGCUGGCGCUGGGGAUACUGCUCUACACCACGGUCAAGGGCUGGGUGUUCAACUGCACCAUGAUUGAGGAGUGGGAAAUAGAGCGGCACGAGGCCGUCCUGGCGAGGCUGGAUGAGGACCACCGGCGCGGCAGCGAUGGGUAUUUCUGGGGGGACGAUGAUGAGCCGUUGCGGGAGCGGCUCGAGAGGAUCGAGUUCCCCUACGACGUGGGCGUGUUCGCCAACAUGGCGCAGGCGAUGGGCACGCGGAACGUGCUGCGCUGGUUUCUGCCUGUUUUCGGAGGCGGGCCGCGCAUCAACAACGAGACGCCUGGCAAGGGAGCCGGAUGGGAGUGGGAGGAGAACGGGUUCAACGAUCUGCCUGGCCUCUGGCCGCCGCCUGAUCCGGAGAAGAUGCGGCAGGCGAAGAGGGGAGGUUGGCCUGGGGCGAUGCAGCAGCCGGAAGGACGGCUCGAUGAGUAUCAGACGCCUGAGGAAGUGAAGGCGGCUUUUGCGAGGCGGCAACAGGAGGACUUUCUGAGAAGGAGGCGAGUCCACGCACGGCAGGCACAGCAGAGGCCCGGGAUUAUCGCAGAGCUUGAAGAAGUGGACGAACUGCCUGGUACGGCCGAGGGCAACGGGAGCAGGAAUUACGAGCGGGCUGGUAAGCCCCUGUGGACCAACUCCGAUGGCGACCGCUUGUGGGAUUAUGGCGUAGAUGAGGAGGUCGAAGAGGAAAUCGUACCUACGCGCGUUGAUGACGACGACGACGUGCCUCUGGCCGAGCUCAUCCGGAAGAGAAGGGUUUUGACUAGGGAGGAGGAUGGCUGAGCUGCCCCUUCCGCUAGGAAACAAGGCGAGCGACACCACUGACGAAAUUGAGCACCUGUGCGUCUCGAUGGGUUGGGGCCGGC